AAUGGAGAUGGAAGACAUAGACGACGAUAUAACUGUGUUCUACACUGACGAUCGUGGUACAGUACAAGGACCAUACGGAGCCUCAACUGUGCUUGAUUGGUACCAGAAAGGAUAUUUCUCGGACAAUCAUCAAAUGAGAUUCACUGACAAUGGACAACGAAUUGGGAAUUUAUUCACAUAUGAAACUACAUUGGGUGAGAUGAAAGCGAGAUAUGGAGAAGAAGCACCGAUUCCGACGAAACUCGAAGAUUUUAAUUUUCGUGGAUUCUCAAUUAAACCGAAAUCUAAUAAAAGACAACUCGAUAGAGAUCCACUUAAAUUACCAAGGAAAGUGAAUCCGAGAGAUCUGGAACCAACCGAUGCCAGAAACAGGAAUGGAAAUUAUGAAAAUCGAAAUGAAUAUGGUUAUAACUGUGAUAGACAAAGUACAAGCGCAGUGGAUUCUAGGAACCAAUCUGUACCGCCCGAAUCGCCCACUAGAACAACAAAAAGAAGCAAGAAAAAGAUGUUUGUCUGGAAAUUCGGGACCCGAACCGGGAGAAAUAAACACUGAUUCGCAAGAAAUGUCCGAUAUGGUACCAUAUGGACCGGAGCCACCUCCUCCGAAAAAACGAAAUGAUGAAUAUGUUCUUCGUUCAAAAGGAAAUAUUCGAUCCAGUGAUGAGAAAAGGCUGACGGUUGGGAAAAGGAGUCUACCAUUUUAUUAUGGAGAUGAAGACAAGAAGAAAACCAGUUUGAAAAAAAUAAUUGCACUCGAGUUCGCUUCAAUACUCCGCACGGAUUAUGUGAAAUUGGAGAAACGGCAACGCGAUCAACUUCACAACAUUUGUAACCAAUGGGAGCUACCGGAUAACUGCAGAUUCUGCAAAUGUGCUUUAAAAUUCGCUCCAAAUUUCUUGAGCCAUGUACUGUCUAUUCCACACAUUACGAAGAGCAUGGAUCAAUAUGACAGACGUUUCACAUUUGAAGGAGACUAUCGUAUGCUUAAAAACGAAAUCGAAAAAGUUAAAACGAAUUGUCGGGAUGCUCCAAGUCCUCUUCCACCUGCAAUGGAUCCUGUUGCACCAUAUCAUGUUCGCGAUAAAUGCACACAAUCAUAAUAUUUCACCCAAUUACCAUCCCAUGUACAUUAAGAUUUAAUAGAUACUCAAUCAAACUUUUUUCACCUGUUCCCACGAUUUCUUCGCGUUUUCAGCGAAAGCACAGAAAAGCUAAUUUUACAUAUAAAAAGUAGCACUCUAUUUACAAGUGUUCUUGUCUUAUACAAUAUUUUCGUGUUCCUUUAUCCACGUCCCCCCCCCAUGACCUAUUGUAUUGUUUCAGAAUUUUUUUAACAUGGCUCUUUUUCCUUACAAAAUACUUCACCUCCCCCAUUUUUCCUUUUUUUCCAACAAAUUUUCGUCUUGAUUCCAAAAAUAAACAUUGGAGUUAUU